UCACCAGAAAUGAAAGAAUUGAACCCAUUCAUAUUACAUUCCGCAAUAGAUAUAGUGGAAGAUGUACAGUGGAAAUCUAAUGCUCUUUAUUUGAAAGUUGUUGAUAAUUUUUAUGGGUUUUUGGUUAGUGCGUUUGUUACACCUGGUAAUAUCAAGUUUUUAUUAUUACAUGAAUCUAAGAAUGAAGAAAGCAUAAGACAGUUUUUCAGUGAUUUGAAUGAUUUGUAUGUGAAGACUUUAUUGAAUCCUUUCUAUAAAGUUAAUGAUCCUAUCUCUAGUCCGUUGUUUGAUUUGAAGGUUAAAGGUUUUGCAAAGAAAUAUUUAUAGAGAAAUUUUCCCAAUGUUACGAUAAUUAAUGAUUAGUUUUUCUUUCAAUUGUAUAUUAUAAUAGUACAGUAAUAAAAUUCAUAAUUCAAAAAAAUCAAUCACACAACAGUGCUUUGGGAAAAAACAAAAGAACCCACAUAAAAACUCCUAAAAGAUAAAACAAAAAA